AUGAGUCUCCCUACUAUUAUGCAUAACUGGCCUUGGCUGGUAGCAGGAGCAGUAGGGGCUUUGUCAGGCUUUGUUGCCUACUGUAAUGUUCCUCUGGCUUGGAAGGGGACACCUCAGAAAGCUACACUGGAAUGGCUGUCAAAGGCUCCAUUACAGCAGCUCCAUGGAUCAGGGGCAUCCUUGAUAGCCUCAGAUUUGUGGAAUAAGAACGGAGCUGUGAUUAUGGCUGUGAGGAGACCUGGAUGAUCUUUGUGUAGGGAGGAGGCCCUAGCCCUCUCUAGCCUCAAAUCCCAGUUUGAGGCAAAGAAUGUGGCUUUGUAUGGUCUCCUCCAUGAAGAACUUGGAGCAAAGGAGUUUACCAAGUUCUUAGAUGGAGAGCUUUUCCUUGAUCAAGAAAAGCGUUUUUAUGGCCCAGAAGAGAGAAGAAUGUUGUUGACAGGAAUGUUGCGAUGGAGUGUGUGGAACAACAUAAUGAGGGCUAACAAGAAGGGGGUUGAAGGUAACCUCAAAGGAGAUGGAACUUUACUGGGCAGUGUGUUUUUGAUUGGUCCAGGUAAUCAGGGUAUAUUAUAUGAACAUCGAGAAAUGGAGUUUGGGGAUCAUCACAACAGCACUGAGCUUUUGGCUGCUUUAGAGAAGAUUAAUAUUGGAGAUAACAAAGUUCCUGACAGUUAAGAGUCAUGUAGAUGUAUGUUAUGGUAGCUAUGUGCUUAAUAUCUGUUGAGUAGUUGUCAUAUGCUUUCCUAAGCUUGAGUUUGUAACUGCAAAGAAUAGACCUAGAGUUGAAGGGAUGUGUCAGGCUUUUCAGGUUUAAUAUAUGAAGGUUUGUACAUAAACUCUGUGAGUAGUAUAAACUGGAUGGCAAAUAAACACAGCAAGUCUGACAUUUUCUUGGAUAAUUCAGUCUUUGAAGGAGCAAGUUCAAGCUGGGGGAUUAGCAGUAAUCUUGGCUAACUUGAUACUAGAUAUGUCAGCUCAGCCUUGUUCCUUAUGUUAGAAGUUUUAAUUAUAUAUUUAUUAUAUAUUAUUUCUUUAACUUCUCAAGUCUCUCAAACAUAUACAUGUAAAGAUGAUUACAAACAAGUGUGUACACAAAUGAUAAUGUUCCUUCUUUGAAGAUAGAAAUGAUUGUAUAGCAGUUAAAAAUAUUCUCAUAUACUAUUAAAAGACUAUUAUUUAUUUAUGUAAAGCAGCUCCUCCUUUGCACUUUGCCUCUUUCUCUCUUGAUAACCAGGGGCGUGUUUUAAAGGAGUACUUUGAAAAGGGAUACACUUUCUAUUGAUCUUGUGUUGUAGCUUGCUGUUCUCAGGUGAUAUUUUUAAACGACUGUUGGUGUGAUGUUAAAGAUAGGUUGCAUAUUUCAUUUACAUAUUGUGAUGGGAGAACUAUGUAAAGUUUUCUUUAUUUGUAGCAGCUGUUAAGUGACUAAGAUACUCAAGCAUUUUUUUGGUUUGUCACUAUUUAUUCACAGUGCCUCAAAAGUAAAAAGAAGUCAAGAAUGAGCUUAUGGUCAUGAUGUUGAACAUUUUUGAAGUGUAAUUAUUUAAUUUGUGUCUAUACCAGUGUGUCUGAUACAAUUUUGGGAUAUCAGUAAUGUUCUCAAUUAAAGAAAAGGAAUUGUGCAAUAAAAUGUUAUAAUAAAUAUAUGAAAUGUUC